GCAAAACCCAUAAACCCUGGAUGAGAGCCUCUCUAGUGGCUACCAGCCACUGCACUAGAAUUCAUAAACCCACAACGAUGGCGACAAUCAGAGCUCUCCAUCUAACGAAAACCAUAUGGAUACCAAGGUAAAUCCUCCUCUCCAUCGUCUCUUCAUCUUCUUACACAAAGAUAAAGUAAUUUGGCUUUCUAGUAAACCCCACAUUCAUCAAUAUCUUGCCAAAAUCUUAAAAAACUAUUGAUGUAUCAUAUACAGAAUCUUAAAAGAUCAUCUUUCCUCCGAUGGGUAUUUGUUGAUUUGACUGGAAACCGCUUCAUAUCUUCAACAAAAUCGAUUCGCCCAAAUGGGUCAUACCAUGAUACCCAAAACCCUAGGUUUUAUACCACAAAAGCCGCUUGUAAGACCAAAAACGGUCAAAAUUUGAAUGAUUUGUUACCCGAUGAUGGAAAUGGCGGUUUGUGGUCUCGUGUAGCUUGUCGAGAAGCUCAAGAUGCUUUGUUAGAUUACUUGCAUUCCACUCGAAGCUUGCAGUUUGUGGAUGCGGAAAAUAUCAGUCGUAAUUCACCAAAAUUUCUUGGAAAAUUGUUAAAAGGGGUGAAGAAUAAAGAAAAUGUUGGGCAAUUUGUUACUCGAUACUUGAGAUACCAUCCAAUUAACGAAUUCGAACCCUUUUUUGAGAGCAUGGGUUUGGAACCUUAUGAAUUCUCAACUUUUUUGCCUAGAAACUUGAUGUUUCUAAGUGACGACAAUGUGUUGCUAGAGAACUAUCAUGUAUUUUGUCAAUAUGGAUUUGCUCCCAAUAAGAUAGGAAAGAUUUACAAGGAAGCCAAAGAUGUUUUUAGAUAUAAUCACGGGGUUUUAUCAUCACGUCUUCAUGAUCUUCAAAACAUCAUUCUUGAUCAAUCCACUGUUAUCAAGCUAGUGGGUUUAUGUCCUUCACUUUUGAUUCCAGAUGCAAUUCAUGAUGUUCUUAAGGUUGUAAAGGAAUUAAAGAGUUCUGGGAUUAUGAAUGGUUGGUUUAUCGAGAAUUUAUCAGAGGAAAAUUCAUACGAUUGGAGACAUAUUCUUGAGCUUUUGUGCUUAUUUAAAAGAUUAGGCUGUGAAAACGAGCAAUUAGGAAGAUUAGUCAAUCAACACCCGACCCUUUUAUUGAAUAACUCAGGAACUACAUCCGUUUUAAUUAUCGGUUUCUUGACUAAAUUUGGAGCUACAAAAACCAAUAUACUGUCGUUUUUUAUGAAAUUCCCUGAAAUUAAGGGUGAAGAAUGUCUUUACAAUUUAAGGCGUUCAUAUCAUUUCCUAUUGGACAUUGAAAUGGAAGUUGACAACAUUGCAAAGCUUUUUUGCACCCACCCGUAUUUACUCGGGUCAUGGUCUUUAAAGGGUGUGAAAACCGCUUUAAAUUCCUUAAAUUCAGGGAAAAAACGACUUUGUGGCAUCAUCAUGAAAAACCCACAAGAAUUAAAGAAUUUAGCAAUUGGAACAAAAGUGAAACCACUUCCCUCAUCAAAAGAUUGCACCGAAGAGAAAACAAAGUUUUUAUUAGACUUAGGAUUUGUGGAAGAUUCAAAUGAAAUGAAGCGGGCCCUGAAGAGGUUUCGUGGGCGAGCUGGCGAGCUUCAAGAACGAUUUGAUUGUUUGGUCAACAUGGGGUUUGACCGAAAAGAUGUGGUGGAAAUGCUUAAAUCAUCGCCUCAAAUUGUAAACCAAACGAAAGAAGUUCUUGAAAUGAAGAUUGGGUUUUUGGUGAAUGAGAUGGGGUAUGAGUUGACUUGUUUAUGUGGGUACCCUUCUUCUUUGUCUUAUGCUAUUGAGACAGUUAAACUUAGGUGUAUGAUGUAUAAUUGGCUUAAAGAACAAGGGGUGACUAAUACCAUGGCUUUGAGCACAAUUCUUGCUUGUUCAGAAAAACAAUUUAUUAAAGACAAAGUGAAUCGACACCCCAAGGGGAUUCAGGUUUAUGAGAUGUUGAAAACUCAAAUUUAUUCCGAUUGUGUAAUUUGAAAACGGUUUCUAAUGAGGUUAUGCUAUUCAAAUUCUUGCUCUC